UAGAGGAGUAGAGACUGUUACUGCAGAAAAGGGGGGACAAACUCCCUGUUAGUACCCUUAAACGCUGGGUGAGCAGAUGUCUACAAACGCUUGGAGAUAUAGUGUAGCUAGAUUGUGUUUGCUGUCUGUUCUGUCUGCGACCACCUGUCGUCCAUACCAUAACGUGGCUGUUUGCAAUUUGAGAGGUUUCUGUGUCCGGGUUUAGCUCUAAGUGUUGGUUGCAGGGGGCUUGAGAGAGCAGCAAGUCCACUUCUCUUUGGUGUCCUCAGCAGAGAAAAGUGUGUGUUCAACCUUUUUUCCCCCUAAAAGUUGACAUGCCGGUCUUUGUAGAGGAUCCCACUCAGUUUUCCAAACAGCGACUGAAGUCGGCACUAAUAUCGCACAGCGUGGAGCUGCCUCCAGGAGAGAGUAAGAAGGAAGUGUAUGUGGACCUUUAUAUGAAACAUGUCUGGAAUAAAAGCAACGCUGAUUUCUCAAGUGAUGACGAGGACCCGGCUCAGGAUGGCACUGACGAAGAAGAGAAAAUUGAGGAGGCAGACAUGGUGGAUUUGAGCUCACUAACUGAUGAUCAGUUAAAAAAGCAACUGCUGCAGUAUGGAGUCAAAGCUGGACCAAUUGUGGGCAGCACUAGAGCUUUGUAUGAGAGGAAGCUGCAGAGGCUGAUGGCACAUUCCUCACAGUUCAAAGUCAACGGUACAAGUGAUGCUGCAAAGUACUCUGACAGUGAGGAGGAGGAGGAGGAGGAUGAGGAUGAGGAGGAGUCUGGAUCAGAACAGCUGGGCCCAGAGUCGGUGUCCCGGACUGAGACUAGUGCGACAGCCAGAUCGGUGGGGCUGUACAGUCAGAGCAAAGAUUUGUUUUAUCCUCAGUGCUUUUUCCCCACCCUGAGACAGGGAAAGAAACAACAGGAGUCACUGGAAAGCACCCGAAGUAGCUCCCAGUCUUUCAGCAUAACUGAGCUGGUGGAGGAGGGAAGUAUUGAGAACAGGUUGAGUCCUCAGUCAAAGCCUGCAGGGACUGAAAGGAGAUGUAGCCAGACGCCAAAAGACAUCCGGGUGCUUUGGGACCUUCAACAGCUCAACAAGAGCACCAUGACCAAUACGUCUCUUUAUCUCACCCCCGAGUGUUUGCCCCAUCAAAAACAAACUACCACAAUAAAACCAGCUCCUGAACCAGUGAUUGAUAUUCUGACGGAGCUGUUCCCAGAAGCUGCUACUACUCCAACUGGAAUCACCGCUACUAAGAGACGGUCUAUAAAGGGGGCAGCAGGUCGUCCUGUGCAGUUCAAAUACUUAGAAACCCCGCUGAGUCCCGCCACACUGGAGAGACGAGAGAUCCAGCAGCGUCUGGUGCCUCUGUGGGUGCAGAUUGUCGUUUUUCUCUUAGUGGCGGCUCUUCUCUACCUCAUUUACGUAUCCAUGGAUGACCCGCUGGAGAAUCCUUUUAGUGCGCUGUUGGACAGUCUGACUGAGGAGCCCGCCCUCACCCCCAGCUCUCAGGACAUAUCCACAAGCGAGGUUGCUGCCUAGAGAGAACCUAGAGUACUUUGUGAAACCUCAGUGAUCCUCA